UGACUUGUCCUUCAGCGCGCACGGGUUUUGUGCUUCACGCCUCUUCAUCAGGACUAGCCCACUGCAUGCCUUUUAGACCACCCUUGGAAUAAGAUCGGAGGAGACAUUCAAAUCGAUUGGAUACACUCAGUGCUCGAAGAUCAUUUCCGGAGUGCCUUGUGAAGUGCCAAGCUUUCAAUGAACUGUCAGUGUUUUCUUUUCUUCGAAGACUUCGCUGUUGCUUCAUCCGAAAGAGUGAGACACUUUUUUUUUAAAUUCAGAAUCAAGUCUAUUGGAUUAGAUGGGGAAUGUGCGCGUUCACCUUUGUUUGAGCUGCUCAAAUGUACAGAGUCUACGUACAAAGACAUUACAGUAAAUGGAAACCAGAACUUUUCAAGUUUAUGUCAAGUUUAUGUUACCACCGUCGAAAGAGAAAAUAACAAGGGAACGCGUGAACUGUGGCAAACCGUUUUCCCCAUGGAACUAAACAAUACUCACAAUGACAGCUGUGAAAGGAGAGAAUGGGUCGCGUCCGGGAAACCGACCAUCGCCAUUCUGAUGUUCUCAGCUGGGGUUAUUGGGAAUGUAAUCGCUUUGAUACUUUUGGAGAUCCGUCGGAGGAAGGAGCACAGCGGCGACCGACAGUCUCUGUUCCGCGUGCUGGUCACCGCGCUGGUAGUCACGGAUCUGAUCGGAACUUGCUCCGUUAGCCCUCUGGUGCUGGCAUGUUACGCGACUAAUAGGACGAUGGUUGGCCUCAGUCACAGCAAAGCCGUGUGCGAAUACUUUGCAUUCAGCAUGACUUUCUUUAGCCUGGCCACUUUGUCCAUCCUGUUCGCUAUGGCGUUGGAACGCUGCUUCUCUAUAGGGUACCCCUACUUUUACGAGCGACAUUUCAGCAGACGUUGCGGGUACAUAUCUGUCCCUUUCAUUUACGUGGUUUGUAUCGUUUUCUGCGUCUUGCCUUUCUUGGAAUUUGGGAGAUACGUGCAGUACUGUCCGGGCACGUGGUGCUUUAUUGACAUGGCCCACAAAGACACACAGGUCAAGGACCGAGCUUAUGCGUAUAUUUAUGCCACUAUAAUGCUUAUACUAAUCUCCUCUACGGUGAUUUGCAAUGUAUCUGUCAUCUUUCACCUGGGCCAUAUGUACCGACGGCGCAAAGACACACAGGAGUCGUUGAAGAGACGGCACAGAAGAUAUACUAGGUCAUUCUCCAUGACAGAAGAAGUGGAGCACCUUCUCCUCCUGUCGUUCAUGACCGUGGCGUUCGUCAUUUGUUCAGCUCCAUUAAUGAUCCGUGUGUACAUUCACACCAUGGCGCAAAGCGACGCGGUCGAUCUCAUCGCCCUGCGCUUCCUGUCCGUCAACUCCAUCAUCGAUCCCUGGGUCUUCAUCAUCCUCAGGCCGUCGGUGCUGCGCUUCCUGUGGGGGGCGCUGUGCAGCGGCCGCGUCUUCCGGCCGGCGCCGGCGAGAGGCGCAGCGGCGCCUGUCCUGCUUGAGCUCUGCCACAGCGGUACCUCUGUGGAGAAGGGCAAGGUCCAGACCCCAGCCUGAGAGCACUGAUUCUGGGACAGGAAACAGGAAGCGGUCCCUGAGGAAGCAGUUAUGUGGAUGCGUAUCUCAGAGAUUUCCAUCACUGGUCGAGGAUUAGGGGAGAUUUGGGGGUGGAGCAGGGCAUUUGAUUUAAGUUUUAUUUACAUCAACAGCCCUACUGCAAAACUACAUAUCUGGACUGUGCUGAAAUUGUAGUCUGGUCCAAAGAGGGCUAUCUAUAAUGUAAAUUUUGGUUCUUCAUAUUGAUAUUGGUUGAAUAGCUGUUGCUCAAAGAUAUUUAAGAAAUGUGUGUGUUCAUGCACCUGUGUGUCUUUGCAUGUGUGUGUUUGUGGAUUGUCAUUCUGUGUCCGUAUUAUCUGAUACUCAGUCUCUGCCUGCCCAGUAGCACCCGUGAUUCCCAGGGAGACAUAGACCGUGUGACCAUGCUCCAGCAAGAGAGGAGCCCUCGCUGUGAUUGUUUAAACAUGUGACACAUAACCCGAUGCUGCUAUUAAUAGCUGUCAGUCAAUGUGACUGACCUUGCUAACAGCACAUUGAAAAUGACGGGAAUUCCAGACUGAAUAUGAGAUAUACGUGACAAGGGUGGUUUACAAUGUAUACGUUUUUGGUUUUGUUUUGUUUUGUUUUGUAUUGAAAGGACAUGCAGUUAUACAAUGUUAGAGCGGCUGAGUAAGUACAUUACAGCUGACAAAAUCUUAAUGUAAUAUGGGCAUGAAAGGCCUUGAGUCACUUAAGCGUCUCUGAACAAUGUGCUUUUGUAAACCAGAAGUCAGUACUCCUCAAUGAGGACAUUUCGUGUGACAUUUAAAAGCCUUUUCCAUUCAGUAAAGGCAGUUUGUGUGACAGAAGCAGUUUCUGUUAAAGAGGAUGUUGAUGUUGUGGCGUCUGUGGCGGGUAUAUUGAGAGGAUGUCAGUGAAUAUUUCUAGCAUGUCUAGCAAUAUGUCUACCACGUACACUUCAUCACUACACCGCAAUGCUGUUGUUUUUCCUGUGGUAAAAGAAAUAGACACACACAGAGUGUAUUUUAAUCUGAUCACAUAUCAUACUUGAAUGUAAAUACUGUACAUACAAUAGCCAAUAAUAAUAAAAAAUGUUUUGAUUUUGACGUUUGUGUUGCGUAGAUAGCACGGCCUGCAGUGGUCACCGUAGCAUAAUGUGCAUUCUCAAACAUGGGUGAAAAUA